AGAGCUGCCCAAUCGCGCGCGAGCAGCUGCGUUAGCCUCCAUCUGCGUGUGGGAAGAACAUGGCGGAUCGGCUCACGCAACUGCAAGACGCGGUGAACUCGCUUGCAGAUCAGUUUUGUAAUGCCAUUGGAGUGCUACAGCAGUGUGGUCCCCCUGCCUCUUUUAAUAAUAUUCAGACAGCAAUUAACAAAGACCAACCAGCCAACCCUACAGAAGAGUAUGCCCAGCUUUUUGCAGCACUGAUUGCACGAACAGCAAAAGACAUUGAUGUUUUGAUAGAUUCCUUACCCAGUGAAGAAUCUACAGCUGCUUUGCAGGCUGCUAGCUUAUAUAAGCUAGAAGAAGAAAACCAUGAAGCUGCCACUUGUCUGGAGGAUGUUGUUUAUCGAGGGGACAUGCUUCUGGAAAAGAUACAAAGUGCUCUUGCUGAUAUUGCACAGUCACAGCUGAAGACGAGAAGUGGUACCCAUAGCCAAUCUCUUCCAGACUCAUAGUACCAGUGAAUACCAUGUGGCUAAGAAAGAACUGUUACAAUGCCGUUAAGAAUUCUGCAUCAGAUUUAGAUGUAAGCCUUACCAACAGUUACAGAAACAUUAAACACUGACAUGUGUUACCUUUUUA